UCUUCACAUUCCGCUUCCAGAUUGUGUUACACCGUCUUGUCCAUAUAUUGCACUAGUGCUUGAAGAGGCUCAGAGGCUGUAACAGAUUCUGUACCACCAAAUCUUGCAUAAUGGCGCGCUCGAGGGCUCUCAUGACACAAGUGGCGGCACUUGUCGCCUUCCUUCUACCCCUUGCACACGCAGGGUUCGACCCGUCAUCUAAGACAAAUAUUGAAGUUUAUUGGGGCCAGAAUUCCUACGGCCAGGAUAGCUCCCAACAGAGGUUGUCCUACUACUGCUCCAAUACCGAUAUUGACAUCAUCCCGCUUGCCUUUUUGGAUGAGAUUACAACGCCGGUAGUUAACUUUGCUAAUGCCGGCAAUAAUUGUUCGAGCUUUGCCGACAAUGCGGAGCUUCUGGAUUGCCCACAGAUUGAAGCCGACAUUGAAGAAUGUCAGUCCACUUACGGCAAGACGAUCGUGCUCUCGAUCGGCGGCGCAACAUACACACAAGGCGGCUUUACAUCCUCUUCGGCUGCGGUGGCGGCAGCGGAAACGAUCUGGGCCAUGUUUGGUCCCGUGCAGUCCAACAGCAGCGUAGACAGGCCUUUUGGUGACGCGGUUGUUGACGGCUUCGACUUUGACUUUGAGUCUACCACGGAGAACAUGGCGCCCUUUGCUGCCGAGCUGAGAUCCCUCAUGACCGCAGCCACUGACGCAGGGGAUAAGCAAUACUAUCUCAGCGCGGCGCCACAGUGUCCGUACCCUGAUGCGGCUGACAAUGACAUGCUGAACGGAACUAUAAGUUUCGACUGGAUCAGUGUACAAUUCUACAAUAACUACUGCGGAGUAAACACCUUCGUCGUAGGUGAUUCCACACAGGCUUACUACAACUUCGAUACGUGGGACACCUGGGCGCAAACUGUGAGCGCCAACCCUGACGUCAAGGUUCUUCUGGGAAUCCCAGCCAACACCGGCGCAGCAGGCUCCGGAUACACCACAGGAACCACCCUGGAGGACGCCAUCGAGUACAGCGAGACGUUUUCGAGCUUCGGCGGAAUCAUGAUGUGGGACAUGAGCCAGCUCUACGAGAACUCAGGAUUCCUAGACGAGGUCGUGGCGGAUCUCGAGGCUGGAGCAAGCGGCACAGGCCCGGCCACAACCACGACUGCCCCUACAACCACGGCGACUACCCUGACGACCAGCACUACGACAGGAACGGUCACGACCACGGCUUCCAGCAGCACGGGCACACCAGUUGCGCAAUGGGGACAGUGUGGCGGCACCGGCUAUACGGGGUCGACCACCUGUGCCAGCCCUUACUCUUGUGAGUGCCUCAGUGUGUGGUGGUGCCAGUGUGAGUAGGAUUUUAGAAACUGGACCAUGUUCGACGGAUGUUCUUGAUGUAUCUAUUUUUUUUCUUUCCCCUUCAUACCAUUUCACUUCUUCCAGUUUCUUUUUCUCUGUCUCUCUCUCUCUCUCUCUUCUCACAGUCGGGGAGAGUCAGGACUUUGGUGCUAUUACUAUAGUACUUUCCUGUACAUUCGUUUAGGUUAAGUGGUUCAUUGCGAUUUGCAAUUGGGACCAUGUGGAAUGAUGUUACUACUGGUUGAAUUUCUGUGUAAAUAGGUAUCACUUCAUGUACUUAUCAAGUACUCACUUGGGUGCUUCAGUCGAUAUAUUCAUUCAAAUAUAAAUGCCAAGUAUCAUUGCUAUG